CAACACCAUCCACGAGGUGACGGAGGCGAUCAUUACCGUGGCUGCUAGAAAAAGGGUGGUGGACUUCCCACUGACCACAGUUGCCAAGGAUGAGGCGAAGGCGGAGUUUGCACGACGUGGUUGCAUCCCAGGCGUGCUGGCGUGUGUCGACGGCACGUUGGUCGCCAUUCGCAAGCCAGAGAGAUACAGCCUGGCCGACACGGCGAGUUUCAUGUCCAGAAAGGGCUAUUAUGCCCUGAACGUCAUGAUCGUGUGCAACACGCGGCUGCGCAUCCUUGUCGUGGACUCACGAUUCCCAUGUUCGUGCCACGACUCCUGGGUUUGGGAACACAACCCUUUGCGUUCACGCCUAGCUGCACAGCUGCAGCCUGGCGAAUAUCUGCUUGGAGACGCAGGGUAUCCCCUCGAGCCAUGGCUCCUCGUUCCAGUCCCUGGCAGUCACCCCGGCAACACCUCCGAAGGCCGAUUCAACAAGGAGCACGCAUCCAUGCGCAAUGUUGUGGAAAGAUGUAUCGGAGUGUUGAAGAGCAAGUUCCGCUGCUUGCAGCACUUUCGAACGAUGCUCUACAACCCCGAUCGAGCAGGGCGAAUUAUUUAUGCCUGCGCUGCUCUCCACAACAUUGCAUUGGACGCGGGGGACUGGACCUUGGAUGAGUAUGUUGGGGACAUGCCACCAGCUGAGGAUGACGAUGGGGAGCCAGGAGAGAGCCAUGUGCUCACACCCCGCAACGUGCUGCUCAGAGGACAGCAGCAGCGCAGCGCUGUCGUGGGCCUUUUUUGAAGUGCACAGGAACGCGAGGGCCCUCAGCCAUGGCCCGCUCCAAGGAUUGGACCACCUGCAGGAUGCUCUCCUGUGCUGCUGCCGGCCGCUCCUGUGCUGCGGCCGCCCCCUCCUGUGCUGCUGCCAUACGCCGCGCUAGAGAUGUUAUGUGGAAGGCUGACCUUUUGAUCCCCCGCACCGCCUGCAAUGAAUCAUCAUGGUGGAAAUGUUUGCAUGAGCUGCUGAAGAACUCUCGACCAUCUCGUGGCUCGAAGCUGCUGCUGCGAAGAAUUGCAACGUGAACAACAAUUUCCCCUCAGUUGAAAAUUCAUUGGCCUGGUGGCAUCCUUUGAAAGUGUGAAGCUUCGUGUACAAGCUAUGCCCUCUUCGUUUGGAUCAACAAACAAUUG